AUGGGGUUUGUGUUUCCUGGAUGGCCUCAUUCUUACUGUUACUAUCACCUCAAACAGAAUUUGAUAUCGAAGUACCCGAAGUUAGGUUAUGGGAAAUUGCUCCAAGACCGUGUUAUCAAUUUAUUUAGUAGGUGCACAUAUGCUGUUACAGAGGAAGAGUUUACGGUAGCAAUGGAGGAGUUGGUGAUUGUUGGGAGUUCGAAAGUGAAGACAUUUAUAUCUGAUUUGUCUAGAGAUCACUAUGCGAACGCAUAUUUCAAAGGAAUGCGGUAUGGGGAGAUGGCAAAUAGUUUAGCGGAGUCAUUUAAUAAUUGGGUUGGUGUGUUUUGA